UCUUCCUACGAUGGAUUCGUCGUCCCCACCGAGAGACCAGAUCAACCUCUGCUCCUCUCUCGUUCGUUCCACGAAUCUGCUCUUCGCUCGCCGCGGGUUUCCCUGGGGUCAUUCCCUGUUGCUGUUAUUGUUUCGGAUUUUGGAGCGCUAGUUUUUUUUUUUUUGUUUAGGAUGGAAUAUUGUUUCAUGGAGGAGGAGGAGAAAUCAGGGGAGCGGCGGUUACGGGUCACGGGAUUGGGUUGUUCGACUCGAGGUUACGGGUUGCUACUGCGGGAUUGGGUUGUUCGAGUGGAGGUGUGGGGUCUCGCUUCGAUUCGCUUCUCCGUCCAUUUGAUCGGGGGAGAGAAAAAUUUUUCAAAAUCGGUCGAAUCACGAGUCCCUGUCUCCAAUUGCGGUGUUACGGGGUGAUGAUAGGGAUCGAUUUUUGGUCGUUUCCUCCUUGGGUUCUUCCUAACACUACAGAUUCGAUUGGUCUGGAGUAGGUUUCAACUUUCGUCAGCCACAAACUGUUUGUCCGCGAGCACGGCGUCAUUGAAUUGGCGAAAUAAAUCGAUCAAUCAAUCAAUCAGCGUUGGUCCCUGACCAGUCCGUCCUCGUGUCCAAUGAAAAGCUUCCGAUGGAUGGAUGGAUUGGUUGGAAAAUCUCAUUACGAUAGCUCUGGAGUGCUUCAUUAGUUUCAUUAUAUUGUCCUUUUGGAUUUGUGGACAUACACUCUAAUGUAGGUUAUCGUAAACAUGAAUGAAUGCCGAUUAGCUUGCUCCCUUGGUGGUGUUCCCCUCUUGUGCUUUCGCUGUAACCAGCGAUUGCCGGUUGCCUUCGGUUAGAUGGACAGCCAUAACUCAGCACCUCCCCAGAUUGCUGAAGUGAGAAUGGACAUCUCAUCAUCUACUUCUGUAGCAGCUGGGAACAAAGUUUGCAGAGGUGCUGCUUGUGACUUUUCUGAUUCCAGUAAUAGCUCAAAAGAUGCAAGGGAGAGAAUGGCGUCAAUGAGGAAGCUCAUUAUUGCUGUGAUCCUUUGCAUCAUAUUCAUGGCGGUCGAAGUGGUUGGAGGUAUCAAAGCAAACAGUUUGGCAAUCUUGACUGAUGCAGCCCAUCUCCUUUCGGAUGUUGCGGCCUUUGCCAUAUCUUUGUUCUCUCUUUGGGCAGCUGGAUGGGAAGCUACACCACAGCAGUCAUAUGGGUUUUUCCGUAUAGAAAUUCUUGGUGCCCUGGUUUCUAUUCAGCUCAUAUGGCUCCUUGCUGGUAUUCUUGUCUAUGAAGCUAUUGUAAGGCUCAUUAAUGAAAGUGGUGAGGUCCAGGGCUCCCUCAUGUUUGCUGUCUCAGCAUUUGGCUUAUUUGUUAACAUCAUAAUGGCUGUCUUGCUUGGUCAUGACCAUGGACAUGGACACGGACAUGGUCAUGGGCAUGGACAUUCCCAUGACCAUGAUCAUGGUGGUUCUGACCAUGACCAUCACCACCAUGAAGAUCAAGAGCAUGGCCAUGUACAUCACCACGAAGAUGGCCAUGGUAAUUCAAUUACCGUCAAUCUCCAUCACCAUCCAGGCACUGGACACCACCACCAUGAUGCUGAGGAACCAUUGCUCAAGAGUGAUGCUGGUUGUGACAGCACCCAAUCUGGUGCCAAGGAUGCCAAGAAGGCUCGUCGUAAUAUCAAUGUACACAGUGCUUAUCUGCAUGUGCUUGGGGAUUCAAUCCAGAGCAUCGGUGUGAUGAUUGGAGGGGCUAUCAUCUGGUACAAGCCCGAGUGGAAGAUUAUUGAUCUCAUCUGCACCCUCAUCUUCUCCGUGAUCGUACUCUUCACCACAAUCAAGAUGCUGCGCAACAUCCUUGAGGUCCUGAUGGAGAGCACGCCCCGCGAGAUCGAUGCCACCAGCCUUGAGAAUGGCCUCCGCGACAUGGACGGUGUGGUUGCAGUACAUGAGCUGCACAUCUGGGCCAUAACGGUGGGGAAGGUUCUCCUGGCGUGCCAUGUGACAAUCACUCAGGACGCAGACGCUGAUCAAAUGCUGGACAAGGUGAUUGGGUACAUCAAGUCUGAGUACAACAUCAGCCAUGUGACCAUUCAGAUUGAGCGCGAGUAGGCUUGACCGCUUGAGACAGGUAGGUAGUGUUGAUGAUAGAACGGAUCAUCUUCAUCUCAUCUCAUGGGACCAACUUAUCAGGAACCUGUUUCACUGGUUUUAUGCAGUUACUGUUAGCUCUGCAGUGCAAAUCAGAUCAGCAGAGUCCAACAAUUCCUGCAGGUUCAUCUGAAUGUUAGCUUCUGAUGCUGUUUAUUACUAUAAGUACGUGUUAUUAGUACUAUCUUAGUCAAUUAGGUGAGUUGAUGUUAAUCAGUUUCGUAGUCGGUUGUAUUCACAUGGGUGCAGUUUUCAGACAAGUUUUCAGGCACCUGUGAGUACGUCAACCUGCCUUCUGCGUCUGUAGUCUAGCGCCCAGCCGUACUAGUUUUUAUGUAAAUCUGCACUGGCAUGGGAAAUAAUAACCAAGUUUCGUUUGGCCUUAUAAUGAUCUGCUUCGAGCUUUUUUGUU